AUGGUGAAUUAUUGUGGCGUGUACAAUUGUAAAAACAAUAAAAGGGACAAACCAAAGUUGAGUUUUUUUGCAUUGCCCAAGGAUCCUAUCAGGCAAAUUGUAUGGCUAAAAUUAAUGGGAAAAGAAGAAUGGGUUUUGCAGGAUUCUAAAAUAAUUGCUGGACGCCGAAUAUGUAGUGAGCAUUUCUCAAAAGACAAUAUAUCUGGAACAAGACUGAAGAAAUAUACUGAGCCUGACAUAUUUAAUGAUGGAGAGGGUUUUAAAGUAUUUAGGAAAACCACAGAAGUGACUAUGUUUCCAGUUCCUCUAGUAACUAGUAAUGAAGAAUUCUUUACUUUUACUGCUCCACUGUUUUGGGACAUAGUGCAACUUUACCAUAAUCGACCAUUUUUAGCUAAUAAACUUGUAACUGCUGUUACAAAAGUUAUCUUUUAUAAAAUAUAUUGCAAAGGCUUGUUUACACAUAUCAGUGAGCUUUUUACAAGUUCUGCAAUGUUAUAUGAGAGAAGAAAACUUAAAGAACUAUCUAAGGAAUCUAUAACUGUAGAUUUAUUAAAAAGUUUACUUGAAGCAUAUGACAAAAAUGUUACUUUAACUAUAUCAAAUGAAGAAGAAUUUAAUUCUGAUUUUACCAAUACAUUUGUUUCCAUACAACUACUGAUUUCUAAAAAGAAUACAAAUCAUAAAAAUUUUGAAGAUGCUGAUAGUACCCAAGCUGAAUGGUUAGCAAAUGCUCUUUUUCCAAAACUACUCAAGUGGUCACAAUAUAAACCGGACAAAAAAAAUAUCAAUACUCUCUCUCUGGUUCCCAUAGAUGAAUAUAGUAUUAUUUAUAAUGGAUUGAAGAAGACAUAUGUUAAAGGCUUAAUAAAGGAUUGGCUAGAAAUAACAAAUACAGAUCCUCAAAAAUACAUCUUUGAAGAUUUAGCUAUAGCAAGUUACUUAAUAUGUCUUUGGAAAAAAAUCCCAAAGCAGGAAAUCAAUUUUGUAGACUGUGGAUGUGGAAAUGGGUUACUAGUUUAUAUUCUCAACCAAGAGGGGUUUCAAGGAUAUGGAAUUGAUAUUAGAAAAAGAGCAGUUUGGAACAUUUACCCUGCAGAAACUAGAUUAGAGGUUGGCACAGUAACUCCAGACUCAACAUUUCAUAAUUCCACAUGGCUCAUUGGUAAUCAUUCUGAUGAAUUAACACCUUGGAUUCCAGUAAUGGCUGCAAAAAGUUCUCCGAAAACGAAUUUUUUUGUACUUCCUUGUUGCCCUUAUGAUUUUAAUGGCGAAAAAUACAUUCGAAAGGAUAGUUCAGUUAGUACUUACUCAGAUUAUUUGAAUUAUAUAAAAUUUAUUUGUAAUAAAUGCCAUUUUAAAACUGAGUUAGAUAAACUGAGAAUACCGUCGACAAAAAAAGUUUGUAUCGUAGGCAUAAGAACUUCUUCUAAAGAAGAGUUACAGUUUGCACUUAAAGAUAUACAAUAUUUUAUAGCGAGUAAAAUGGGCACUGAAUUUAAAGCUAGAUCUACUGUAGAAGCUGUACGAAAUUGUACACAACUUAACAGGAAAAUAACAGAUAAAUUAGUUAGCAUGUGCGUUAACUUUUUAUUAGAAAAGGAACAGUUUAUAAAAAAGCUCGAUGGUCAAGUUUGGAAUAAAGGAUCAGUUGUACAAAUUUCAGAAAUAAUAAAAAAAAUCCCACGCGAUGAUUUGAAACAGUUAAGUAACCAAUGCGGGGGACUUCAAACUUUGUUUAGGAAUUUUAGGUAUAUUUUUGAGGUAAAAAAAGGUUGUGUUAGUAUACGGCAACCUAAUACUUGCGAGGUAACCGAGGGAAAAUAUAGAAACAAGCCUUGUUGGUUUCUAAAGAACCAUCCUGAUGGAUGUUUUAAUAAGAUCGAAGACUGUAGCUAUUUUCAUGAUGAAUAAAAUAUUAAUACCUUUUUAAAAGUUUUUCACUUUAGCAAAGUAUAUUUAUUGUAUCCCCUGGGGUGAUAGAUGAGGUAUUCGAUAGAAUGACAAGAAAAUCCUGUCUUUAUAUUGUAAAUUGAAAAAUGAAAUCGGUAACAACUACUUUCAUGUCGUUUAUUCUCCGUAAAACAAACACCCGGUAUGUUAAAAUGUAUAUGCAAUUUAAUUCUUUAUUAAUCCAUUUAAGGCGGCAUUAGAAAAUGUAUUAGCAUAGGAGAAUUUUUAUACAUACAAGACAAUGAAUCUAUGCGAAUUUUCUUUUAUAAUAUUCCAAUGGUAUUAAACUAUUUCCUGAAUAUAUUGAAAAGUGGAGAAAAAAUUGAGAAAAUGGCAAAAAGGAAGAAAAAUAAAUAAGUAAAAAUAAAUAAAAACAAAUAAAAAUAAAUAUAAUAUAAAUAAUUAGAAACAAGAGGAAUCAUUUUAUAAAAACCAUAUUUCUCGAUGUCCUGACACUCCGACAGCCCAACGGAGGACUGGAUUUCUCAAGUAUAGUUUUAUGUGACCUGUUAGAGAGUCAGUUCCGCAUGCAAUCUGGUGAUAUUAGCAGAUGAGAGCCGUACCAGAAAUGUGGUAUGAAAUGAGAUUCUCAAUUAGAUUACUAUACUUAAAUAUUAGAUUACUCUACUUAAGUCUAAUUGUUUGAAUUUGAAUUCGAACCGCCAAGUCAAACAGAACGUUUGACAGUCACAAGAAAUAUAUACAACGGAAACAGCCGAAGGCUGAAAAUGUCAUAAACUUUUAUUUCAUAAAUAAUAAUAAAAAACCAACGCCUAAAAAUAAAUAAUAAAAAUUCACAAGCCCUAAUAAAUAAUUCUAAUAGUUAAAAUAAUAAACAACUCACAUAAAUAAUAAUAAUUAGAUAAUCCCUCCAUAAUCAAGCUCCCUUAUUGGCCAAACGAAAGGCUUUAACGCUUUAAGACAGUAUGUUUCUAACACUCAACCAGCAGUGUGUUUCUAACGCUCUAACUGUGAUGAAGCGCGCCUCUCAUGCUCAAGCAGAAAAAAUCUGCGUUCAUUGUAUUCGCGAAAAGUAGUGCCUUUGCAACACCCCUUAACGUACUCGACCCUGGAUUAUCGGCCCGCGACAUUAAAAAACACUACGUGAAUUCUCUACUUCCAGUGAGUGGUGGGUUUUCCGCCUUAGUGCGCAUAUGCCGGCAAACCAUUGUAAAAAAUUGAACCCGCGGUGUAAGUGCUAGUUUGUAAGCAGGAAGCCUACCCACAGGUGCAGGACCUGCAACAGGUCCCUUUUUGUUUCUCCUUUUUAUCUCUUUAUUGAAUUGUGAAAUAUAACAUAAAUCGCUUGCUUUCAAUACCGGCAUUUUUUUGGCAGUGUUGCCACUUGUCAACAAAAUACUUACUGACCCUUUUGAUAAUUAAUAUAGUAUGUUUAAUUAUCUCUAGUGCAUUAUUUUU